GCAUAAGAAGCUUGCAUUGAACAAAGUAUAUAAAGAAUAGACCGCCAGGACGACAAGACAAUUCGGUCCAGCUCAGCGUAAAUUGCUGCGCCCGCUGUUAGCGACCUCUUGACUACCAUCAUACGCCGGACAUUCACAUGGGUGGACGUGGCUUUUUUGGUGGAGGCGUUGGCCUGGGUGUCGGCACGGGCUGCGGAUUUGGCGUCGGCUGGGGCUUUGGAGGAGGGCCCAUCGGAGUCGGAGGAAUGGGUGCAGGGGGUGGCUGCGGCGCGGGCGUGGGGCUAGGCUGGGGCUAUGGGGCGGCCUGGGGCUCCAACUACAUCGUGGUGGAUCCGGAAUUCGAGGAGGCGCGUGUGGACAAGCGGCCACAGUGGCUCCGGCAACUGACAACGCACGUGCAGGGGCUGAAGUUUGACCGGCCGCGCCAGGGAUGAUGCAGUGCGCUGGUGGCGGCCGCUCAUCCAAUGCAGACCGUGAUGGCGGUUGCAUUUGCAAUGAUGGGGAAUGCCUGUGGUCAUAACGGCGUGCAGCCUGUAGGUACCAAUGCGGAAUCUGCUACAGGCGUCUUGACUAAUGGGUUUGCAAGGGCAGUCGCGGUGGCACAAGAUGCGGAGCAACAUUAAUUUCGUUUGUCUCAGGGGCUUUGCAGGUUGCGGUGGCACGGCUUUCUUGAGUCAGCAGCUGUUCUUGUGGCGUAUGUGUGCAGUACACGCACAGUGAAGGCAGUAAGCCCACGGUUGUGUUGCAUCUAUGCACGGUGAUGUUGCUCACUGUUAUCUUGGUUCCUUCCUCAGUUCGGAUAGAAGCGCUGUGGGGCCCUAGAUGGGCGGACGCUGGCGGACGUUGCACUCAGCAUCUAUGAGUUCCGCAACGCACGUCAAUAAUACGGUAUGAGGCUGGUUUCCGAUGAGGGGGAGGUGCAGAGAGCUACAGGUGAUGGCAGGGCAACCAGGUGGAUCGGCGACGCUUUCACAAGGGCAGGGCCCAGUCCAUACGCGUGAAGUAAACGCGCUUGACAGUAGCUACCCGUGAAGUAAACGCGCUUGACAGUAGGCCACCCUUUUGGGAAUGUGUUAUCAGUGCCCAACGACAUCUGCGUCCUCUUAAUUAUCAAGGCAC